ACAUUUUGCAAUAUACUUCUGAUAGUAAUAUUGCUAGUUCAAGCUCAAAUAUUACUACCCUUACCAAAAAUAAAAAAACAUCUGUGGUCACUCCAUAUUUUAUAAAAAAACUGGACGAUAAUUCUUUAGUUACUUGCAUUAUUUGCAAAAAUUCAUUUAGCAAAAAAACAGCAACAGGCAUAUUAUGCAAGCAUCUUGAUACACAACAUCCAGGAUGGAGUACAAUUGAGAUUUUUGCACUUACACAAAUAGUUUCAACACAAAUUGGAAGCAAAGCAUUAAUUGCUUUGUUAAAAUUUCUUAAUGCCACUCUUGAAUUACUUUCAUAUGAAACUAUCAAGUCGAUUGUACAUAAUUCUUUUAUUUCAAUGAGAG